AUGGCGUCCUCCUCUUCCUCCUCUUCCUCCUUUUUCCUCGCUACAUCUUUUCCCCUCGCUUUUUCACAUCGUUUUCACCCUUCCCUGGGUUUCUUACCUCUCUGUCAUCGUCUCUAUCUACCCAUCUUUCCCUUCACCCUCGCUACCCGUCUUUCUCUUCACCCUCGACGGAAUCGACCACUCAAGGUCCCUGCCCCCUUGCACAAACAUCGCUUCGUCAAUCGAGGUUCGAUAUGGAGGGAAAGGCGCGAGGAUCGCGGAGUCGAGAGACAGGAAGUGGGGGAGUCGGUUUUCGAGAUCCAGGAUGAAAAAAUUCGGUCAGUUUCUUCCAUCGGCACCACCAUCUCUUGUCGUUGUGGGUAUCUUUGCGGCCCUUCCACCAGUCUCGUCGUAUCUCUCAUCUAUUCCACCGACCUUGUCGUAUCGUAUCCUAUCCCCGGGCUCCCCGCCGCACGAGCUUCCCCAUCCCCGUCCGCAACCCCCCAUCCCCAUGCUCGUCCUCAUUGUUCCGUUCCCAUCGUUCCCUUCCUUCUACCACCCAAUUCUCUUUCACCUCCUCGAUCGAAAAAACAUAUACAUUACUGCGAACACCGAAAUGACCGAGGUAGUGGUGACAACAAAUGA